AUGGCCGGUCCUUCCGAUGCACUUCCGCCUCUUUCACUCUCCAUCCUCGGAGUGGAGCCACUCGACGAAUUCAUCAAGGAAAUCGCUGAUUUUGUGCAUCAUAUGAUCAUGACCAAACCACCACAUCUGGAGGGCCUAGUGGAAGUCGAAGCAAAGGUCGGCGUGUUGCGAGAGAGGACAGGCUCCAGAAUGGUUCUACCUGUACUCGUCGAGAGCAUUUUGCAACCCGACGCUCUGGACGUACGGUUCGAAUCCAACAUGUCUGCUCAUCAACAUAAACACUUCAAUACUCUACUCAACAACCUGAAAACAUCCUCCGACUCACCGUCACAUCCUUCCACCCCAGUCACCUACUCCCACCUCUAUCUCGUCGACAGCUUUUACGCUUCAGAGCCCCUCUUUAACGGCGACGUGAGACUAAAAGGGUCGGACAAAAUACGCGUUACGAGAGACGAGAAGACACGAGAGGUUGUGCAAUGCGUGAAGAAGAUCAGGCUGGGGGACUUGAAUGUGUUCAGUCCAAAGAGAAAUGCUGAUUGGAGGAUCAGUGUAAACCUUGAAGUCCCUGUGCAACAUCCAGUAGGCACACCCACACAUACGAGGCGGAAAGAUAGGAUGUGUUAUUCCCAUGAGGAAUUCAUAAUCGACCUCACCCAGGUUGUUUCGCAGCAGGCCCCUGGUGCACCGGCCCAAACAAUGCACGAGCUUGAACUCGAAAUUGCCCGACCCGAGCUAUUAUUAGCAACAGCUGCCAAGCGCAACGAUGUCAACUACAGUGAACAUGAACGCAGCGCAUUCGACGAACUCAUCCGGGCAUUCGUAAACAACGCAAGAAUACUGGUGCGCAACUCGCCCGGAUUCGAUUAA